GUCUGUUCCACGCCGCCAAACACUCCUAGAACUCUCGCUUCACACUCCAAGCACCGCAGCCCAACAGCCGCAAAGAUGGUGGUUCAGUUCAAGGUUUUCAAGAAGGCUGCUCCCAAUGGCAAGCUGACCAUCUACUUGGGCCGCCGUGACUUCGUGGACCAUGUCUCGUCUGUGGAUCCCGUUGACGGCGUGCUGGUGGUGGACCCAAGCUACUUGAACAACCGGCGUGUGUUCGGACAGCUGGUGUGCAGCUUUAGGUAUGGCCGCGAGGAGGACGAAAUGAUGGGCCUCAGCUUCCAGAAGGACCUGUACCUCGCAUCGGAGCAGAUCUACCCGCCCAAGAAUGACGACUGCACCAAGUUGCAGGAGAGGCUCAUCAAGAAGCUCGGCGCCAAUGCUUACCCCUUCACCUUCAAGAUGCCCGAGCAGGCCCCGCCCUCCGUCACCAUCCAGCCCGCCCAGGAGGAUGAGGGCCGCCCCUGUGGCGUGGAAUAUUACAUCAAGGUGUACGUGGGCGAGAACGAGGAGGACCGCAGCCACAAGAGGUCGACCGUGCAGCUGAACAUCCGUCGCAUCCAGUUCGCGCCGAGCCGUGCUGGUCGCCAGCCGUGCACCAUCGUCAGGAAGGAUUUCAUGCUGAGCCCCGGGGAGCUGGAGCUGGAGGUGACCCUGGACAAACAACUCUACUACCACAACGAGAAGAUCGCCAUCAACAUCAUGGUCAGGAAUCACAGCAACAAGACGGUGAAGAAGAUCAAGUCAGCGGUGCAGCAGUCUGUGGACGUGUGCCUGUUCAGCGGGGGACAGUACCGCAGCACUGUGGCCAGCGUGGAGACCCAGGAGGGAUGCCCCGUCAGCCCCGGCUCAGCCCUGCAGAAGGUGCUCUACCUCACCCCAACCCUCAGCUCCAACAUGGACCGCCGAGGCAUUGCACUGGACGGCCACCUCAAAAACAUCCAUACCAACUUGGCCUCAUCUACUCUCUUGGCCAACCCUGAGUCACGUGACAUGUUCGGUAUGAUCAUCUCGUACACUGUGAAGGUGAAGCUGUACCUCGGGGCCAUGGGAGGCGAGGUCACCGCCGAGCUGCCCUUCGUCCUCAUGCACCCCAAGCCGGACCUGCGCCGCAUGAUGAGGGCUGACAGCCAGGCUCAGGUGGAGGCCUUCCGCUCGGAUAGCGUCAACCAGUCCGUGGACAUGGACUAGACGCCAUCACAGUCUCCAGGAGCAACGAGCCACCGGGCGGGAGGACUCGGGAAGGAGCAGAUCAAUGCCUGCCUCGACCUGUGCUCCUCGCUCACCUCCGCGGGCUCGUCGCCACCCAGUCAACUCGAUACUUUUGGAAGAAAACUAAUGAAGAAAGAUUCUAUACCGGUUUCUUAGUCUGGACUCCCUUGCGUAUUGUUCUCUUAGCCGUAGUAUCGCUACAUUAUGCUUCUUUAUUGCCUCCUUCAUAAAAAAGAAAAACGUUUUAUCUGUUAGUUUUUGUAUAACGCGUCUGAACUGCAAGGCGUGUCUGAAGAGGGUCACAUCUAAGCCGCUGAUGCCAAGUAGACAAAGAGAAGGAAGAAAUUCCUUUCGUUGAUCCCAAGAACCAUAGAUUGUUGCUUAUUAAAUAGAGAAAAAUUUCCUCAGUGCCUCGUUCCUCUUAGGAUGAGAGCACUUUGUUAUAUUUGUUUAGUAGUUUAUUUCAUUUUUUUUUUUUUUUUCAAGUUUUGUCAGACAUUCCAAAGUAUACGCCGUACACGCUACAUUUCAUAGAUUAUUUUCCCUCCCCAUCCUUUCUCCCUUCCUCUGUUAUAGGAGUGCACCAGAAGAAGAAAGUGAAUGGUUGAGUUGAUAACCUUGUUCUGUGAUAUAACAGAAAGUGCAGCCAUCUGGACUAUUGUGUUUGUUACACGAGGCGGGGCGCGGGAAUGGACUCCGUCCCCCCUCAGGAGAUAAGGGACCGUUGAUCUAAAGUGAGGCAAAGGACCAUUGAUAAAAUAUUUUUAUAACCUCAGGAAGUAAUACCCAAUGAAAACUGGGAAAAAAAAAAUUGUUUCCGUCCAUCGAGUAGUGUGGAAACGAGACGAGAAGAAUGUGUUGUGUUGAAAAGCGCUAAUGCAGAUAGUUAACGAAAUGGAAAACAAAAUUGAAUACUGUGAUGAAUACGAUACGCUGUUAUGUGUUUGUUUCUAUUGUCCAGUAUUUGUUGGUUGACCAACCCCUGUUUUGGAAGAAAAAAGUAGCUUAUUUAGUUUUGAACCCUUAUGAUUUUACUGUUCCUGAAUUUGAGAUGAUAUUAAAGCCAGCAGUAAUAAA